AAUCACGCCGAUCCACGCACCAAAAACUCCACGCGUGUCAAAAACGCUCACGCCGCGGCGGCGCGCCGCCUCCGAUCGAAAUAUACCUAGUCGGCGCGGCGCACAGGUCUAUUGCGUAUGCGUGUUAUUGACUGGUGAGUGGCGGGCACACACACUUCGUUUCAGUUCACUGGUGUGUCCUUUCUUGAGUGCAUCUGGUUCCGAUCUAUCGAUCGACAUCAGCAGGAUGAGUGUAUUCCGCCAAGCCAAGUUUUUGGGCACAAAAGGAGAAAACCUGUGCGUGAUCAGAUGCCCUGCGAUCAGUCACAUAGCUCGAGAACGAAUACUUGAGAAACUGGGGGCAGAAGGAGUGAUCGGACUUGAAGCAAGGGGUACGAGAGGAAUCUUCGUGCUCAACUUCUCCGAACCACCACCGAAGAUCAUGAAAGUAGGCUGUCUAAAAGUCCGGACACAGCGAUACAUUCCAAGAAAUGUAUGGUGCAGGCGCUGCUUCACCUGCCAUGACCCGUUGGCAGAUUGCAUUAAUACAACCGCCUGUAGACGCUGCGGCAACGAGCACGUUGGAGUAUGCCCGAAGAGGAAGAACUGCUGGAGCUGUGGAGGACCGCAUCUUCCAACAUGCGGAUGGUGCCCUGUAUGGCACCAGGAACGGAAGCGAAAUGAAACGGUGGAGCAGUACAAUUCUGCAGGUGGCACACCGGAACCAGAGGCUGGCCCAUCGCAAUCUAACCGGCUGGCUAAGAAAGAGAAGAAGAACCAAGCAAAGAAACGUUUGGCCACUCAGGAGGAAGAAAACGAUCCACCGAUUCGCCCGAUGGAAAUGGUGGUACAGACACACAAGGAGAAGAAAAGAAUGAGAUAUUCAUGAUUGAUCAACGACGAAAAACUACUUCCUUUGUUUACAUUUUAUCAUUUCUUGAAUUCGAAUUAAAAUAAAAACUCAAAAAACGAAAACUUAUAUGGAUUUAUACAUUUACUUAUCAUAAAAUUUUUCCAUUGUUAUGUAUAACCCCGUUCUGAUUCCAAAAUGGGUCUAUAAAAAGCUUAAGUAGAACAAUUUCUAAGGAUUGUGGCGCUGUUCCCUUAACCCGGAAGCGGUUGCGUCGUGCACUGAGUAGGAGUAGACGCGCCAUGAAAAUAGCACGCUUGUGAUACACGCAUGUGCGCCGGACGGUCAUGCUCCUAAGG